UUUGUUCUCAAAGGCAAUAGUUUGAAUAAUAUCAAUCAAGAAUUUUUGCCACAUGAUCUUUGGGAAAAGAAAGAUUUCUUCCUUGAUGUAUCAUCCAAUCCCUUCGACUGUGGUUGCCAAUUGGAGUGGUUCAGAGUUUGGGUAGAAAACAACAAAGAUAGGGUGAUUGGAUACCCAAACAACUAUAUCUGCAAUUCUCCUUCUGAGUUAAAGGAGAAAAGCCUAUCCAACUUUGAUCCAGCUUUGGAAUGUCACAAAAUAAACCCCUUUAUUAUACUAACCUUCACUUCCCUUGGAUUUCUGUCAGUUCUGAUUUUCACUACAGUUCUCUUAAGAAAAUUUCGCUGGGAUAUCAAAUAUUACAUAUACAUUUGCAAAAAUAGGAAACCAAUGGGAUACAAAAGGUUUACCGAUGACGAAGAAUUCUUGUAUGAUGCUUUUAUUGCUUAUAACACAAACGACAGAAAAUGGAUCAUGUCUGAACUGGUUCGAAUGCUGGAAAGAAACCACAAAUAUAAACUCUGUCUACAUGAAAGAGAUAUCAUUCCAGGCGGAGUUUACGUAGAGGACAUUCUUGAGAGUAUUGACACGAGCAGGAAGUUGAUUUUGGUGCUCUCGAAUAAUUUCAUGGAUGAUCAAUGGUGUAAGUAUGAAACAGCUCUUGCGAGUCACACUUUGGCGGACGGUGAUGGUCAUAAGCUUUUUCUAGUGUUGUUGGAGGACAUUCGCUCCGAACACAUCAACAGAUCCCUGAAAGUGCUUCUGAAAUCUAUCUCACAUGUGGAGUGGACGGAAAAUAAAAUUGGUCAGAGAAUGUUCUGGGAAAGUAUCAAGCAAUUCAUGGAUAACAAUUGA